AUGGCUGACUCCGAUAAGUCAACCAUUGAUGUUAGCCUUCAUGGUGAGAAAGAAAAAAGGGGUUUUGUCCUCUUUCUUCGGGAAAAUCUCUUUGUGCUUCUUAUCCUUGUCGGGGUAGCAGUCGGCUUUGGAAUUGGAUUCGGGGGAAAAUAUCUUCCUAAUCCGGAAACGGCCACAGAAUACGAAAUUGACAAUUCAACAGGCAUUCCCGUUAAGGUCAGGAAACAGGUAUUUAACCAUGCGACAAACAUGAUUGGCGUCCUCUACACGUGCAUCUUCUUCGGUUUGGCUGCCAGAGUCGCCGGAGAGAGAGGGCUCCAGUUUCUUAAUUUCUUCAGGUCCCUCGCAGAUGUUGUGUUGGUUCUUAUCCGUUGGUUCCUUUUACUAACUCCUGUAGGUGUGUGCUUCAUGAUCGCUGGUUCCGUGGUAAAAAUUGACAACAUUUCUCACACAUUCGCGGAGUUGGGAUUCUUCGUUGUGACUGUUUUAGCAGGCUCCCUUAUCGAUAUCGUCCUUUCCUUUGCAAUCUUCGUUGUGAUCACAAGAAGAAACCCAUUUUCCUUCUUCAAGCACACAAUUAAAGCCAGCCUCGUCGCUUUUGCGACAACUAGCCCGAUAGUUUCAAUCCCCGAGAUGUAUGAAGGAUGUGACAGAUACGGAAUUGACACUAAAAUCUCCCGCAUCGCCUGUCCUCUCGCUUCCGCACUGAAAGCGGAUGGUCCCGCCAUCUUCAUUUCAACAGCAGCGAUGUUUGUGGCCCAAAUGAGCCUUGGGAGUGUAUCUGUCGGUGCCAUCGCUGUUAUCUGGUGUGUUCCGCAUAGUAUGAUAACUGUUUAA